GCUCCGCCCGACGGCGACAUGGGCGUCCUCCCGGUCCUGGAGGCCGGCGGCCGGCGCUGGCGGCCCCUGCUUCUCGCUCUCUUCCUGGCUGCGUCCCGAGGUCUGGCGGUAGCCUUCAAGGUUGCCACGCCGUAUUCCCUACAUGUGUGUCCCGAGGGGCAGAACGUCACCCUCACCUGCAGGCUCUUGGGCCCUGUGGCCAAAGGGCACGAUGUGACCUUCUACAAGACAUGGUACCGCAGCUCGCGGGGUGACGUGCAGGUCUGCUCGGAGCGCCGGCCCAUCCGCAACCUCACGUUCCAGGACCUUCACCUGCACCACGGAGGCCACCAGUCCGCCAACACCAGCCAGGACCUUGCCCAACGCCACGGGCUGGAAUUGGCCUCCGACCACCAUGGCAACUUCUCCAUCACUAUGCACAAUCUGACCUUGCUGGAUGGCGGCCUCUACUGCUGCCUCGUGGUGGAGAUCAGGCACCACCACUCAGAGCACAGGGUCCACGGGGCCAUAGAGCUGCAGGUGCAGAAAGGCAAAGACACAACAUCCAAAUGCAUCGCGUACCCACCCGCCCCUCAGGAGAGUGAAAGCAUCACGGCUGCGGCCCUGGCAACAGGUGCUUGCAUCGUGGGGAUCCUCUGUCUCCCCCUCAUCUUGCUCCUGGUCUACAAGCAAAGGCAGGUGGCCUCCAACCGCCGUGCCCAGGAGCUGGUGCGGAUGGACAGCAACACUCAAGGAAUUGAAAAUCCCGGCUUUGAGGCCUCUCCACCCUCCCAGGGGAUGCCUGAGACCAAGCCCAGGCCCCCACUAUCCUAUGUGGCCCAGAGGCAGACUUCUGAGUCUGGGCGGCACCUGCUCUCCGAGCCCAGCACUCCCCUGUCUCCUCCGGGCCCCGGAGAAGUCUUCUUCCCAUCCCUGGACCCUGUCCCUGACUCCCCAAACUUUGAGGUCAUCUAGACCAGCUGGGGGACAGUGGGCAGUUGUGGCUGGGUCUGGGGCAGGUGCAUUUGAGCCAGGGCUGGCCCUCCAGGUGGCCUCCUUGGCCUUAGCCCCGGUUUGCCUGCUCCUGUUCUGAGCCUAGACUCUGUGAUACUCCUGAUGCCCAGACCCUCAACCACUCUGGAUGCUACAUGGGGGCAGGGAGAAGAUGCUGGAUCGCUCAGCCCCUGUCCCAAGGACUUUGGGGUGUUGGGAUCCCCCCUAGAGACCUGAAAUUCACCAGCUACAGAUGCCAAAUGCCUUAUAUCCUAAGAAGUCUCAGAAUUUCUAGCUCUGCAGCAGCCUCUUCCCUGGGACAUGCCUUGGGACGUGCCAGCAUGGAUGAGAAAAGAUGGGCACUGGGCAGACCCCUGGUGUCCCCUUCCCAGGCAUGAGACACAGGACAAGAUGUGGGAGGCCCCUCCCUACUGUGACUGAUCUGGCCCCCCCAUCUCGCCUGAGGCUGCUCGUCUGUUAGGCUCCUCUUCAUACCCACGGGGGCUCUGGGACCGGGCCUGUUCCCUGGCCACUGGUGCCUUCCCCAGCUGCCUCCUACCAGCAAUCGCUCAGAGGAUCUGUCAACAGGUGAAGUGGAUCUGGGGCUCCCACUGCCUGCAUUCUCGACUACAGAGUUCAGUGGCCAGAGGCCCUGAAAGGGGAAGUCCAUAUUAGGGCAUGGUGGCCACUGUGAGCCAACUGGUAUCUUGGGUAAUCUGAGGCCAGGCCAGAAGUUGCGCCACCCAUUGCAGGGAGGGAGGGUGGUGAGGCCUGCUGGGAAGGUGAGUGGAGAGGGGCUCCCUGGCCCUCCCUGUCCCCUCCUCCCACUGCUUAGUGUAGCAAGGUUGACCACGUAAUGUCUGUCCACACUGGGACACUUCUGAGUACAAAAAGAGGGUGCUAUUAAAAGCUACAUGGCGCAACAGGUGCAAACCCUGUGGAUGGAUGGUAGGAGCCGGCUUUAAGCCCCCUCUGCUUCUGAAGUGUCUGAGACCUCGGGAGCCCUCCUUCCCCAGCCCCAGCCCACAUCUUCCUUCCAUAUAAUCCGUGCCUGGAGUCUUCACCUCAGAGUGACCCAUCGGGUGGGAGGAGUGGAUGGCAUGUUCCCACUCCACUCCGGGACUGCUCCCAUCUCCUGCUUCCGGGCAUGACCUGUUUUGUUUUUAUACACAUAUGCAAGGGGAGUCCUUUGUGGAAUUGUGACUGAAGGAUUUUAGAGCAUGGGAGAGGAAGGGUGGGGGGUGUCUCUGUAUACUCUGGGUGGAAACAGGGAAGGUGGUGCCUGAGCUUGGGGAGGGGUGAGGCUAGGCUGGGCAACUCCCCUCCAGCCUCCAGUGGGACAGGACCCUCAGCACUGCAGAGGGUCAGUUCUAGUCUGGACACUGGUCUUCCAGCAGCCUACACUGGCUCUCCUGAGCUGGGCCUGGGUGCCAAGAGCCAGGUCUUUGGGCUGGGAUGCAGGGCCCAGCAGGCAGGGAGAAGUCUGCCCAAUGGCCUAGGUGGGGAAGGAUGGAAAAAGGGAGCAGUUCCAGGCUGUCAGGCAGCAGCAAGCCCCUGGCCUGUGGCUGGAGCCGGGGAGCCCACCUGGACAUGUGGCCCUGCUUCCAAGCGCCCUUGUUAGGCCCAAGAGCAUGGGCCACUAUGGGCCUCCUGCUGUCUGGGGCUGGGCUUGGGGCCAGGGGCCUUGAGUAGAGGGCGAGCGCAGACCUCACAACAGGACUGACACCUCCACUGGCCAGAACACCUCAGAACUCUGGCUCCUGCCUUGCCCCUGGGAGUCCCCUCUUCUCUAUCUGCCACCAAGGACACUCAGUGCCAGCUGCCAUAGAAAGAGGUUACUGCUCUAACAGUUCAUGGGGGCUCAGAGGGGCAGGAGUUGGCUGGUGACACCUGCUCCCUGGUGGGGCCAGGCUGUCCCUAGGGUUGAAGGCUGAGUUCACAGAAGAAUAUGCCCUGCCCCCAGGGGAGGCUGGCCUGGCCCAGCCCUCAGCUCUGACCUCGAGGCAGACAACUUCUAAGAAUUAGGCUGCCGGACCCCAGGCCUGGCUGCUGCCGUGUUGGGUGGGGAGGCCCCGCCACACUUCCUCCCCAGCUUCCUCCUGCAGCCUCGUGCUGGCUUCUUCUCUGGACCCUCACAAGUGAACGCAUCUCAGCUUCCUGUUGGUUUCCUGUUUUUAGCGAAAUGUACUCUGAGCUCCAGGCUCCAUCUUCAUCCAUGACCGUGGGCCCUGCCUGCAGAGGCCCUACAGACACAGCCUUCCGUGUUGCCCCAGGACGGGGGUGCCCCAAAUGCCAGCCCUGGUGGCUGUGGGCUGGAGUGCACAGCACAGAGGGUCGGGAGGGACCCUGGGGCCUCGAGGAAGUUUGCUGCCAAGCAGGGAAACUCUGGGGUACUGGAUUACUUGCACUGUCUGGGACCCUGGGAGGGAAAUCUGUGCUUUUAGGAACUAACCUAUUGUUGGGAGAUCAAUCAGGAAUUAGGGGUCUUACCUAUCUCCUGACAUUCACAUUUACUAGAGACCUCCUGCCUUUGUUCCCUCCAAGGGAGAGGCUGAGGGAAUGGCAUUUGAUGCUCCAUUGGGAGAGGCUUGUGGAUGCGUGGGAGCUGCUUGACACUCCCUAAAAACACGCCAUGGAGGCUGCUGGUGACUGCUGUUGGUCAGGCUGGCCCUGCCCUGGGAAGUGUGUGGUGAUGGGCCCUGGGCAGGCGUGAGGAUCCCGGGGCUCGCUUCUCAAAGGACCAGCCUUGGGGCUACCGUCCCUCCUGCCUGGCCAGAGCUCUCUGCACACACAGCAGCUCAGGGCCUGGGGGAAGACAUGGCAGGGCUGGGGGCUGCAGAGGUCCUGUCACUCCUCCCUUCCCAACUGGGCACUGUAGGCCUGUCUCAUGGAAGAGGCCUUCCCAGGUGUCAGCUGGAGCACUGCAGGGCUGGCCUGACUAUGCUGGGUGCUGGGGUCACAUGUGCUCAGAUAACUGUAAUGGGCAAAAGGUGAACCGGGGUUGCCAAUCAGGAUGCUGGGUACAGAGGACUCCUGAAAAAUAGACACUCACGCCCAGCUGAGUGUCUGUCCCGGCCCACAGAGAGCAUUGACCUUGUGGCCCAUUCACUGGGCAUUCCCUGCUUUGCACUGAUGCUCUCUUCCCCUCAGGGAUACUGUGUCUCCCCAACUAUUCUGUGAGUGCUGGGAGGGGGGGUGUCCAACAACCAUCUGGCCUUUGGACCUGGUUGCAGAGCUGAUAACUGAUACAUAACCACUAGGUGUUGGGCUGAACCAAGACACUAGGGUUCUGUUCUCUGGGCCACUCAUGACAGGCAGGGCCACCUCUGACUUUCUGCGAGCUCUAGGUUCCAGCAGCUUCAUCUGGGCCUGGUGGGAUCUCCUCAACAGCAAUAAUGCCCUAAGCUUGCGCAGCUCAGGGGGCAGAUGUUUCACUUUAUUUGGCAAUUCUGAUGUAUUGGUAUGGCUUCCAGGAAUACAUAUUGAGAGGGAUUCUGAAAUAUCAAUAUAGCUAGGGAGAAAGUGCUGAAAUCGGCUAGCAAUGUCUGCCUUGGGCAUAGGAGAGGGAAGUAGUAGUAUGUGUGCCUUAU